AUGGCUGUUCCAGGCACUCAGAUCUCCAAGCGCAGAAAGUUCGUCGCCGAUGGCGUCUUCUACGCUGAGCUCAAUGAGUUCUUCCAGCGCGAGCUGGCCGAGGAGGGCUACUCCGGCGUCGAGGUCCGCGUCACCCCCACGGUAACCGACAUCAUCAUCCGUGCCACCCACACCCAGGAGGUUCUCGGCGAGCAGGGCCGCCGCAUCCGCGAGCUCACCUCGCUCAUCCAGAAGCGCUUCAAGUUCCCCGAGAACUCCGUCUCCCUCUACGCCGCCAAGGUCCAGAACCGCGGUCUCUCCGCCGUCGCCCAGUGCGAGUCCCUCCGCUACAAGCUCCUUAACGGUCUCGCCGUCCGUCGCGCCUGCUACGGUGUCCUCCGCUUCAUCAUGGAGUCCGGCGCCAAGGGUUGCGAGGUCGUCGUCUCCGGCAAGCUCCGCGCCGCCCGCGCCAAGUCCAUGAAGUUCACCGACGGCUUCAUGAUCCACUCUGGUCAGCCCGCCAAGGACUUCAUCGACCACGCCACCCGCCACGUCCUCCUCCGCCAGGGUGUUCUCGGCAUCAAGGUCAAGAUUAUGCGCGGUUCCGACCCCGAGGGCAAGGCCGGCCCCCAGAAGACCCUCCCCGACGCCGUCUCCAUCCUUGAGCCCAAGGAGGAGCAGUCCGUCGUCCAGCCCAUGUCCCAGGACUACGGCGCUAAGGCCGCCCAGGCCCAGGCCGCCGCUGAGGCGCAACAAGCGGAGCAGCAGCCCGAGGCUGGCGAGGAGGCUGAGGCUCAGUCGUAG